CCCAUAAUGUAGCCUGCCAUUCUUGCAUUUGCCUGGAAAUGCCCUUGAAAUAUAGGGCGACUGCAGUAGACUGUAUGGUGAACUUGCGACUUGAACCAAAGACAGGCUGCCGAUAUGUCCCCUUCAAGGCAGGCAGCGAGGACUGAUCUUGUGAGCAGCCCCAGUCGCUUCCAGCAACGCUCUUCGGAACUAGAGCGCGCGCAUCUCGGAACUACAGCGUGCGCCUCUCCUGGCACCCCUCGUGAUGUCAGUGCAACGGGACCUCUGAUAGGAUCGUGCACAAUCUCGAGCAGUGUGCUCGAGCUUCACCUGUUCGCAUGCAUGCACACAGUCGCUGUCUCGCCUCCUCUCACCUGAAGUCGCUGCCCCAGUUCAGACGCGCACGGCACUACCACCAGCGAUAGACCAGAGCUUCGCCUACUGCAUACUGAAAUGUUACCGUACCGUACAUUGUGUUGCAGCCUGCUGCUGGCCGUGCUGCAGCUGCCCGGGGCGGCGUGGGGGGAGAUGGUCUUCCGCUGUCCCAGCUGCACCGCGGAGCGCCAGGCAGCCUGCCCGCAGCUCGUCGCCGAGACUUGUGGAGAGAUAGUGCGGGAACCGGGCUGCGGUUGCUGCCCGGUGUGUGCCCGUCAGGAGGGAGAGUUCUGCGGCGUGUACACGCCGAGAUGCGCCAGCGGCUUCCGCUGCUACCCCCAGCCCGACUCAGACUUGCCUCUGGAGCAGCUGGUGAGAGGGCAGGGGCGGUGCGGACGCAAAGUAGACACCGUGGAGCCCACUGUGGAGCAUCCGCAGCAGAGCGGCGAGGUGGUGGACCCGUUGGAGAUGGGUCUUACGGAGGUUCCGCCAGUGAGCAAGGUAACCAAGGAGACGCAGUGGGCGGGGCCGAAGGAGAGCGCAAUAAAGAUUCAUCGUCAGGGGCAACGGGCCAAGAUGAGGUCCAAUAAAGUGGAGGAUCCCAAAGCACCACGGCCCAAACAGACCCAGUGUCAACAGGAGCUGGACCAGGUGUUGGAGCGUAUCGCUAAGAUGCCUUUCAGAGACAACCGGGGCCCCCUAGAGGACUUAUACGCACUGCACAUCCCCAACUGCGACAAGAUAGGACAGUUCAACCACAAGCAGUGCAAGAUGUCUAUGAACGGCCAGCGUGGGGAGUGCUGGUGCGUGAACCCCCACACCGGCCGAGCUAUCCCAGAGUCCCCGCUGGUCAGGGGGGACCCCAACUGCAGCCAGUACCUCGGCGGCCCCGAGAUGGAGCCCCCAACUAUGCCUUUAAAUUAACACCACCCCAAAACAAAACGCCUGCCUUAUUAUCUGCCUUCUACCCAUUCAUAAGGACCCCCUCAGAAAUGCCCCCCAACCCCGGACCCAAAGUGUGCCUUUAAAUAUCCCAAUCCUACUGACUCCAGGUCUGCCUUAUAGCCUGCAUUCCACUGUCCUUUACCUCUUUGAACACCCUUUAAUUUAUCAAUGAUACAGACCCCAUACACAUCACACCACUAUUCCCCACCAAAGGACCCAGAUGCAUACACACGCACGCACGUACGCACGUACGCACGCACGCACGCACGCACGCACGCAUGCACGCACGCACGCACGCACGCACGCACACACUCACAGACCUAUGACACAUCUGACCUGUACCACACACACGCACACACACAGACACACACACAUACACACACACACAUACACACACA